AUGAUCAUAUAUAGAUACAGUGUUGCAGAUAUAGAGAGAGAAAGAGAAAAGAGGAUGAGUGAAUCUGCUUACCGAGUUGAAACGACGUCGCGCCUCGCCCAAUGGCGGAUUGAAAAUUUGGCUUCGUGCACUUACAGAAAAUCAGACCCAUUCAAGAUCGGCAAAUGGAACUGGCAUUUAUCUGUGGAGAAGAAUCGGAUUUUGUCCAUUAAAUUGUACCCGGAGGUAUCAAACAUAACUAGAGAAAAUCCUCCAAUUGCAUCUUUUAUAAUUAGAGUGAUAUCCUCAGUGGGAGAUCGCAAGUGUUUGGUUCAUCCAGAAGUUACUGAUAAGCAGCUUAAAAACAACGACGAUUUUGUUUGGGCAAUUGAGGUUCCAUUAACUGGGAAAUUCAUCAUCGACGUUGAAUUUCUUGAUUUAAAGACUUCAUCUCCUAAUGGUGCAGAACCUUGUUCGAUUUGGAGCGAAGGGCUUACACAAAGACAGUCAACUGGAACAGCUCUAUCAUCCCUUGGUCGAAUGUUGUCUGAGAGGAUUCACACGGAUAUUGUAAUAAACGCAUCUGAUGGAAGCAUUCCAGCACAUCGUGCAGUUCUUGCUUCUAGGUCUCCUGUAUUUCGAAGCAUGUUCUCACAUGACCUGAAAGAGAAAGAAAUGUCUGCCGUAAACAUUUCUGACAUGUCAAUUGAAGCCUGCCAGGCCUUUCUCAGUUACCUGUACGGUAACAUAGAAAAUGAACAAUUCUUAACCCAUAGACUACCCCUUCUUCGAGCAGCAGACAAAUAUGAUAUCUCAGAUUUGAAAGAAGCAUGCCAUGAGAGUCUACUGGAAGACAUUGACACCAGGAAUGUGCUGGAGAGGCUGCAAAAUGCUUCACUGUAUCAACUGCCAAAACUGAAGACCAGCUGUAUGCGGUAUCUUGUGAAAUUCAGUAAGAUCUAUGAUAUACGAGAUGAUUUCAAUGCAUUUAUUCAAUGUGCAGAUAGAGAACUGAUUGCCGAAAUCUUUAAUGAUGUUCUCGCGACCUGGAAAGGGUUCUAA